CGAGCUGUCAGCCACGUCACCUCCUCGGAAACAAGUUUCCUGUAGGACCGCGGCGCACACACGGAUCUGCAAGCGGAAUCCGCGGAGUUUGUCUCCGGUCUGCGGGACGCGUACAGAUAACAAGCUGUCGGACUGUAACCGCGCAACUCUGCCGCUUCUCUGUCAGCUGAUCGCAGUCUGCGUUUGCGUUUUAUGGGUGAACAAGUGUGGAGUGUCUCCUGACGACGUGGAAGGCCUGUGAGGAGUUGCAUUAAGUUUUUAUUGCUGCAGCGGAGCAUAAACAGCAUGAAUAUCUUCCGUCUGGCCGGUGACGUGUCACAUCUGGUGGCUAUCAUCAUCCUGCUAAUAAAGAUAUGGAGGUCCAAAUCAUGUGCUGGCAUCUCUGGGAAGUCUCAGGUGCUGUUUGCGUUGGUCUUCACCACCAGGUAUCUUGACCUAUUCACAGUCUACAUUUCUGCUUACAACACGGUCAUGAAGGUGGUGUUCCUGGCUCUGUCCUAUGCCACCGUGUAUUUGAUCUACAUGCGCUUCAGGAACACAUACGACUCAGAGAACGACACUUUCCGUGUGGAGUUCCUGUUGAUUCCAGUCAUCGGGCUGUCCUUCCUGGAGCACUACUCUUUCACCCCGCUGGAGAUCCUGUGGACCUUCUCUAUUUUUCUGGAGGCGGUGGCCAUAAUGCCCCAGCUCUUCAUGAUCACCAAGACCGGCGAGGCAGAGUCCAUCACCACCCACUACCUGUUCUUCCUCGGCCUCUACAGAGCCCUCUACAUCGCCAACUGGGUGUGGCGCUAUCACACAGAGGGCUUCUUCGACCAGAUUGCAGUGGUGUCCGGCGUUGUGCAGACUAUCUUCUACUGCGAUUUCUUCUACCUUUAUGUCACAAAAGUGCUUCGGGGAAGAGGAAAGAUGACCCUGCCGAUGCCGGUUUAAAACAGACGCCUGCGCUGUACCUCCACCCUUCUGUGCCUGCCACGUCUCGGCACCUGAGCAUAGACCCUUCAGCUGUAUUUGUACCUAAUGAUGAAACUAAUGGUCUGUGAUUAUAGUUUAAACCAAAUUAAAUAGAUUUUUUUUCUGA